AAUACAGUUAACGGUUUGUACUGAAUGUGGGUACACUCACGUUAGCUAGGCGUUCAUAGCUGUGCAUGUCGAACAAGCUGAUGGUAAUUUUAGCCCCUUGUGAAUAACGUUAAUCAAGAAGAGCUCUUUAGGUGAUAACGUUAUUUUGUUCGCGUUUAAUCAGUAUGCUAGUAUCAACACCAGGGUUAGUGUUGCCAAGAGCUAAUCUAGCUGAUGAAAAGCAGGGUUCAGUCAGUCGCCUGUCUGUGUCCAGGAAUUUAAAACCUGAAAAAAAGGGUGAGAGCGGCCAUAGUGUUUCCAUGGCCGUCAGCUGAUGUGAGAAACGAUGCGGCACCACUGGCUGCUCGUUGGGGCCUGUGGCUGGGUCCUGCUCAUCCUGAUGUUUCUCGGGAAGCUCCUCAGCUUCAGAGCGGUACAUGACUAUGGCAGUCAGAGUUGGACAGUGCCGGGCGCCAAGGUAGUCAAAGACACCCCUGUUCCCAGCCCCGAAAAACCUGUUCAGAAGCCAUCAGAUCAGCUCCCAGUCAAACCUACAGUGGAUGAUUGGCAGUUAGAAGUUGAAAGGCGACUCAGACGGCUCUCAACUGUAUGUAAUAACAGCAGCCUCAGGAAUUUGACUCACAUGUCCAUCAGCAAAUUUGUCCUGGACCGCAUCUUUGUCUGUGACAAACAUGAGAUAUUGUUCUGCCAGACGCCUAAAGUUGGCAACACGCAAUGGAAGAAGGUCCUCAUUGCGCUCAAUGGAGUGUUCUCCACUGUGGAGGAGAUCCCAGAAAACCUAAAAAAAAAAAGUGCCUCCCCCCGCCUCUCAUCGUUCAAGCCACAGGAAAUAAAGCACAGAUUAGACACCUACUUUAAGUUUUUCUUUGUGAGAGAUCCCUUUGAGCGUCUGAUUUCUGCAUUCAAGGACAAGUUCGUGACAAACCCGCGUUUUGAGCCUUGGUACAAGCAUGACAUUGCUCCAGCCAUCAUCCGUAAAUACCGCAAGAGGCACCGUAACAACAACAACACUGCCUCUGGCCUGCACUUUGAGGACUUUGUCCGUUACUUGGGGGAUGCAGAAGGCCACUGGCGUCUGGACCGACAGUUUGGCGAGCAUGUUAUACACUGGGUGACUUAUGUAGAGCUGUGCGCGCCAUGUGAAAUACAUUACAGCAUUGUUGGCCACCAUGAGACACUGGAGGAAGAUGCCCCCCACAUCCUCAAAGCAGCGGGCAUUGAUCAGCUGGUGUCCUACCCAGCCAUCCCUCCAGGCAUUACACGCUACAACAGGACCAAGGUGGAGCACUACUUCUCAGGCAUCAGCAAGCGGGACAUCAGACGUCUCUUUGCACAUUACCAGGGUGACUUUGACCUGUUUGGUUACCCAAGACCAGACUUUUUACUGAACUAAAGUGAUUAACAGUUAUAUAACAUCCUCUCAAUGUCUUUGGUUGACUGAGACAGAGGUGUUUUUUUAGUUGACUUUGUGCCAUAGCGCCGGCAGGAA